GCAUUGGAAAACAUGGUAUACUUUAUGGGCUUAGCCCACCAAUAUAGAGAGCUCUGGCAAGUAUUCAUCACCCAUCUCAAACAUGACGGUCAAGGCAAUCGGACCGGUGUCCCAGAUCCCACAUCCCCGACUCGUUCCUGGUCACCCUGUUCGUAUUUGCGUAUUUGUUGUUUUUCUUGAACCUGCAUCACUCCGUCAAUUAUUGUCAGCGAGCGGAAAAAUAAACCAAGUCCCCCCUCCCCCAACACCCACACCCACACACCCAUCAUGUCCACCGAGGAGCCCAACGAUCCACCCAUCGAUCCGCCUAUCGAUCCGCCUAGUCCGCUAGCCACGGUGGCCGGUGAAGGGCAAAGCCCCGCCCUCGGAUCUGAACUGGAAUCCAUCCUCCUUUUACGCGAAAAUCCUGAGGCCUUAAAGACCCGCAUUCAGACGCUCUUGGCCCAACGGGACCAACUUCGGGCCCAGCUCCAAGAUCUCGAAGCCCAAUUGGCCGCUUCCGUCCAGAGUUCGUUCCUGAUUGACACAGAGCCCAUCGAGGACGAUGAGGUCGAUCCCGGUGGCGCGGUUUCGGAAAUCGUGUACGAAUCCAAAAUGGAGUGGAUCAAGUCCGGCCAAGACUCGGCGUCUUUGGGACCGAGGAACACGUGCUUCAAUUGCGGAGGCAGUCAUAUGAUUGCCGAUUGCCAGGAGCGUCGGGAUCCGCGACAGAUUGCCAAGAAUCGCAAGGAGUUUCUGAAGAAUCAGCCAGCGGGUAGCGGCACUUCCCGAUAUCAUUUGGAUGAACCUCAGAAAUUUGGGCAUUUGACGCCGGGUUGGCCGUCGGCUAAAUUACGCGAAGCUUUGGGACUGCGGGCCGAUCAAUUGCCCGGAUACAUUUAUCGCAUGCGGGUCUUAGGCUAUCCACCGGGUUGGAUGAAGGAGGCCGAGAUACGACACUCCGGGAUCGCGCUCUUUGUCAAUCAAGGCCACGCCUUGAGUGAUUUGGGCGCCGAAGAUGGCGAAGUGGUGGAAGCGCAUGAGAAAGUGCGAUAUGAUUUAGAUCGCUUGGUGACGUGGCCCGGGUUUAAUGCGCCCUUGACCGAGACGGUGCGAGAUGAAAGCCACUAUUAUGACGCCCCGCCCAUGUCGGAGAAGCACUCUUUGGCGGCCAUGCGUGCGGAACUGUCCUCGAAAACACAAGGGGGCUAUAUUCGGGGUGAGAUGCAGGACACCACUUGCCGAAAACGCAAACAAACCACGGAUGCACAGCCCGCCCCUCCCGGAGAGGCAGACCCGAUUGACGAGGAGCCGUGUCCAGCUAAGAAGAGCAAAGUGGAAGUGGAAGAAACAGAAAACGAAAACCAAACGGAAGCAGACGGAGUAGGCCAAGAAAUGGAGCCCUCUCAGCCCAUGGUGACACAGCCCAUUACCGAUGAGGCCUCUUUGAUUAGCAAAGGUGUGGAAGAAGGCACACCUAUUGUGCACACUUACUCGGACUACAAGAGCUUACCCGAUCAAAACAAAUGGGCAAAAGAUGUGACCGAUCACAUCUUGUUUGAGAACCUUCCCGAUACCACGGGCAAGUGGGAUCAAAUGCGGAAAGUCAUUCAAAGAGGGCGAAAAGUGCGAAGCGAAUUGAAGCCCGACAAAUCCUAAUUUCUCUUGGCUUGUUUCUAUUUUGUUGCCAUUCUUGAAAAAUAUACUCGACCUCUAAAUGUGGG